AUGAAGUUAUCUAGCCUUUUUCUCACAGCCUUAGCGGCUGGGAGCUGCCAUGCUAGAAAUGUCAUGCCGCGCGGUGGUCGUCCAACGGAUAUUAUCCACGAUGCUCACAAAAGAGAACUACUGCAGAACAUUGUGACUUUCGAUGAAAAUUCUUUGUUCAUCCGCGGCGAGCGCGUGACUAUCUUCUCUGCGGAGAUCCAUCCCUUCCGUCUCCCCGUGCCGUCGCUUUAUCUUGAUCUUUUCCACAAAGUCAAGGCCAUGGGGUUCAACAUGGUUUCGUUCUACGUCGACUGGGCUCUUCUGGAAGGCAAACCCGGAGAAUUCCGCUCGGAAGGUGCACUGGCAUUGCAGCCGUUUAUCGAUGCUGCGCAAGAGGCUGGGGUGUUUCUCCUUGCGCGCCCGGGACCUUAUAUCAAUGCUGAAGUGUCGGGAGGUGGAUUCCCGGGAUGGUUGCAGAGGGUCAAGGGCUUCUUGAGGACCAACGCUUCUGAUUAUUUGAGCGCUACCGAUAACUACGUCGAACACGUCGGUGCCAUCGUUGCAAAAGCUCAAAUCACAAACGGUGGGCCGGUGAUCCUGUACCAACCCGAGAAUGAGUACAGCGCUGCUGAGGGAACACCUUUUCCCAACCAUGAUUACCUAAAAUAUGUCAACGAUCAAGUCCGCAAGGCUGGUGUUGUUGUUCCUCUCAUUAACAAUGACGCUUGGCAAGGUGGCACCGGGGCUCCAGGAACUGGACCUGGAGCUGUUGACAUCUACGGACAUGAUGGUUAUCCUGUAGGAUUUGACUGCACCAAGCCGUAUAAUUGGCCGAAAGAUGGUCUGCCAACGACGUGGCAUGCAGAGCACGAGGACAAAAGCCCCAACACUCCUUACUCAAUCAUUGAGUUCCAAGGAGGAGGUUUCGACCCACCUGGCGGCGCUGGAUUUGAUAAAUGUUAUGAGCUUACUAACCAUGAGUUUGCUCGUGUCUUUUACAAGAACAACCUUGCUGCGGGUGUUACCAUCUUUAACAUAUAUAUGACAUGGGGAGGUACCAACUGGGGCAACCUUGGUCACUCUGAUGGUUACACCUCAUAUGACUACGGCGCAGCAAUCAAAGAAGACAGAACAAUCACUCGGGAGAAAUACUCAGAGAUCAAGCUCCAGGGCCACUUCCUACGUGUCUCCCCAGUCUACGCCACCGCACAACCAAGCAAUUUCACCACCACAAAGUAUACCGACAACAAGAACAUCGCUGUCACGGCACUGACUACCAAGAAAGAUGAUACUUUCUACGUUGUCCGCCACGCAGACUACCGCACCACAGACUCGGCGACUUACAAGCUCAAAGUUCGCACAUCAGCAGGAACACUAACCAUUCCUCAACUCGGCGGUUCGCUUUUCUUGCACGGAAGGGAUUCCAAGAUUCACGUCGUGGACUACCCCGUUGGGAAGCAUAGACUUGUUUACUCUACUGCUGAGGUCUUCACCUGGAAGAAGUUUCACGAUAGAACUGUGCUGGUUCUUUACGGUGGUGCGGAUGAACUCCAUGAAGUUGCCAUCAAGGAUGAGACGAAGCUCAAAGUCGUUGAAGGUGAUGGCGUCAAGAUUGAGCAAAAGAAGAACGCAGGUGUCUUUCAGUUCAAAACUAGCUCGAAGCGUCGCGUUGUUCAGGCUGGUUCGCUUCAUAUCUACUUGCUAGAUCGCAAUUCCGCGUAUAACUACUGGGUCCCCGACAUUCCAGCAAAGGGUAAGAAUGGCGCUUUUGGUUCAUCCGUCAUGAACCCUGACUCGGUUAUUGUCAACGGUCCUUACCUGGUUCGAUCCGUCGCCGUCCAGGGCGCUAAGCUUUCGAUUCAGGCGGACUUCAACACCACCACCCCUCUAGAAGUUAUUGGUGCUCCCAAGAGUACAUCCAGUCUGCUUAUCAACGGUAAAAACACCCAGUUCAAGAAGUCCAAGCUGGGUAACUGGGUCGUCAGCCCGGAAGUUAAACUCCCAAGCAUCAAAGUCCCUGACCUCAAAUCAUUGGAUUGGCAGUACGUCGACUCUCUUCCUGAAGUGAAGAAAGAUUUCGACGACUCCAAGUGGCCCGAUGCGGAUCUGAAAACUACAUAUAACUCGAAAUGGCCUCUGAACAAUUCCGUCUCGCUAUAUGGAGGCGACUACGGCUUCCAUGCUGGCGCUCUGGUAUUACGUGGGCACUUCACCGCCGAUGGAUCAGAAUCAAGCUUCAAAGUCUGGACCUUUGGCGGACGCGCGUAUGGAAGCUCAGUCUGGCUUGAUGAUAAGUUCCUGGGUUCUUUCACUGGCUACGGGACUGCGAAUAACGACACUUCGACAUACAAGCUUCCAAAGACGCAAAAGGGUAAACGUCAUGUCAUUACUGUCAUAGUCGAUAAUAUGGGCCUGAACGGCAAUUGGGUGCCUGGGAUGGACGAGACGAAGCAGCCCCGUGGUAUCUUAGACUGGGCUAUUCAAACAAAGUCUGGCAAAGAGACGAAGAUCUCGAAGUGGAAGAUCACAGGAAACUUUGGCGGUGAGGAUUACACGGAUAAGUUCCGCGGACCGCUCAACGAAGGUGGUCUAUACUUUGAACGACAAGGAUAUCAUCUCCCAUCUCCCCCGUUGGACAAAUUCAAGUCUGGCUCACCAUUCAAGGGCCUCAAAAGCCCCGGCGUAGCAUUCUACACAGCCAAACUGAAGCUCAGCCUGCCUUCGGACAAAUUUGACGUUCCUUUAUCCUUCGUUUUCAAGAACAACACCGAAAGCACAGGAGCUUAUCGCGCGCUCCUCUUCGUCAAUGGGUUCCAGUACGGACGCUAUGUCAGCAACGUUGGCCCACAGAGCGUCUUUCCUGUUCCAGAAGGUGUACUUGAUUACCGCGGUGAUAAUUGGAUUGGUGUGUCGCUGUGGGCGUUGGAGAAGGGUGCGAACCUGGAGGAGUUGAGCUUGGCGGCGGGUGUUCCUGUGCAGACUGGUCGAGAACCUGUCAAGGUCGUCAAGGGGCCUAAGUACGCUCGCCGUCGUGGGGCUUAUUAA